AGGAAAAUAAAAAAGACACAGAAGGGGAGAGAGAGAGAGAAUAUCUCACGACGACGCUCAUUUUCUUCUUCUCCGAUCGAAUCCCCAAAGCCAGUCUGAAUAAGACUUUAUUUCUCAUCUUGACUUUAUUGGCGGUUGUUGAAGCUCUGUAGCUCUUAAUUAACUGUGGGGUCAACGAGUUGUUGUUGCUGCUCCUGAACGUGAAGAAGGAUAUUUAAAAAAACAAAAAAAUUCUUCAUAAGGUUGCAGUUUCAUCACACAUGUCGCGUUUCGAAUGCAGUGGUUAUGAUCUCUCAAGUUCUUCUGUUCAUCUCGCUGAGUGGCAUCCUUUGGAAUAGCUAAACUUCAUCUAUACCCCUUUUCAUCUCUUGGGGUAACUGGUUCUUCUAUUAAAUUUCAGCACUUUAUAUCUUUUAAUCAAGAACACAUAUUGUUUUAAUUUUGGGGGAGGAGAGUGGAUCAUGUUUCGUGAUAAUUUUUGGUUUGCCCGUACCAUGGGUUGCUUUGGAUGCUUUGGUACUUCUUCUACUAGAACCCGACAAUCUCCAGAGCCCUACGACGAUGAUGCAUAUUCGUACUCAUGUGAUAGUGAUGUAACUAGCAUUGUGAGAGGAGAAGACGAGGAAGAUGAUGAGGAAGUUGAGCAGAAGAGCCGCUCUCAACGAUCUGAGGAGAUUUUGAAAUAUAGAUUAGAUAAUGGAUUAAUCUGCAGGCAAAUUCCUGUCAAAGAAACUAAUGAACUUAUCCGUGGAGAGGAUGAAGAUGGUAACAAGAUGAUCAAUGAGUAUGUUCGCGUGUGUAAAAUUGGAUCCGGUAGCUAUGGUAAAGUGGUUUUAUAUCGAAGCACCGUAGAUGGCCAGCAUUAUGCUAUCAAAGCGUUUCACAAGUCGCAUUUAGUAAGGCUAAGGGUUGCACCUUCAGAGACUGCUAUGAGUGAUGUUCUUCGUGAGGUUAUGAUUAUGAAAAUUUUGGAGCAUCCUAACAUUGUUAAUCUCAUUGAGGUGAUAGAUGACCCAGAAACAGAUCAUUUUUACAUGGUUCUCGAAUACAUUGAUGGAAAAUGGGUUUAUGACGGCUCUGGACCGCCGGGUGCACUCGGGGAGAAAACUGCUAGAAAGUAUUUGCGGGACAUAGUUGCUGGCCUCAUGUACCUUCAUGCUCAUAAUGUGAUUCACGGGGACAUUAAACCCGACAAUCUGCUGGUUACUAGUAGUGGUACAGUGAAGAUAGGAGAUUUCAGUGUCAGCCAAGUAUUCAAGGAUGAUGAUGAUCAACUGCGUCGAUCCCCGGGGACUCCGGUCUUCACUGCUCCAGAAUGUUGUUUAGUGUCAGGGGUAACGUAUAGUGGGAGAGCUGCGGAUACAUGGGCAGUGGGAGUAACUUUGUAUCAUAUGAUAUUGGGACAAUACCCGUUUCUUGCUGAUACUCUUCAGGACACCUACGACAAGAUUGUUAACAACCCUUUGACCAUCCCGGAUGGAUUGAAUCCUCUCCUAAGAGAUUUGAUCGAAGGUCUCCUUUGCAAGAAUCCGAGUGAGAGAAUGACACUGAAGAAUGUGUUGGAGCAUCCAUGGGUCAUGGAAGAAGAAGGUCAUGUCCCUGAGUAUAUUUGUUUCUGCAAACGACGUAAUUCUGCCUUAAAGAUUGAGCAAGAAGAAGAAGAAGAAGAAGCUAAUGGGAUCUCUAACAUCUCAGAUGCUAGCUAAAGAAUAGAUGCAGAGAAUGUCAACGUAAAACUUUGCACUUAUUGUUUUUUUCCUUUCUUUAAUAUACUAUAGAUAAGUGUCAUGUUCGUCUUAUGUGUUGUUUUAUAAGUUUUAAAAUGAAUUACGAGUGAUACUUUGAUUUUUAAGGCUCUGAAUUUUUGUUUC